UGCGCGCCCGCGGCGCUCCAUCCCAAACACACACACAUUUUUCCCCCGGACUUGGAAAGUCACCCAAAGCCGCCCCAAGUGCAGGCAAGCAGACCUCGCUGACUGAAGGCAAAGACCCCUUCCACCUCACCUGCCCUUCUGGCCGCCACGGUUGUCGAGCCCUCCUGUAGAAGGGGAUCCCGCAGCUCCAGCAUUGGAGUGGACUUCGGACCCCGGCCUCUUGGGAUGCAAAGGAUGAAGUGACGCCCUUAUUCUGAAAGAGGAGCCUCCAGGACCCGCUACGAGAGUUUGGGACCAAAGAGAGGAGAAUGGAUCUUGGUACAGCUGAAAGCACCCGGUGCACCGACCCGCCCGCAGGCAAGCCGGCGAUGGCGGCCAAGCGCAAAGGCGGCCUGAAGCUCAACGCCAUCUGCGCCAAGCUGAGCCGCCAGGUGGUGGUGGAGAAGGGGGCGGAGGCGGGCCCCCCGGCCGAGGGCAGCCUGCUGCGGCCACGGGACCGAGAGGCUGGCGUGGCCCGGGGUGCCCGCAGCGAGGAAGACAAGAGGCGGGCGGUGAUCGAGAAGUGGGUCAACGGCGAGUACAGCGAGGAGCCCGCGCCUGUGCCCAGCCUGGGGCGGAUCGGCCGCGAGGGCCUGGAGCUGCCCCCCGAGGGCGUGUACAUGGUACAGCCCCAGGGCUGCAGCGAUGAGGAAGACCAUGGCGAUGAGCCCCCCAAGGAUGGCAGCGGUGUCGCAGAGGAGAAGGAGCCUGAUGGCACAGCCUCCAAGGAUGACAGCGGCCCCGGUGCCAAGCAGGCUUCAGGAGAGGCCUCCUCGCUCCGGGACUACGCGGCUUCUACCAUGACUGAGUUCCUCGGCAUGUUUGGCUAUGAUGACCAGAACACGAGGGACGAGCUAGCCAGGAAGAUCAGCUUCGAGAAGCUGCACCCGGGCUCCACCCCCGAAGUGGCCACCUCCUCCAUGCUGCCCGCCUCCGAGGACGCCCUCAGCAAGCGGGCACGCUUCUCCAAAUACGAGGAGUACAUCCGCAAGCUCAAGGCCGGCGAGCAGCUCUCCUGGCCGGCCCACAGCACCAAGGCCGAGGAGCGGGCGGGCAAGGAGGUGGCGGGGCCCCUGCCCGGCCUGCGGCUGCCCAGCAGCACAGCUCACCUGGAGACCAAGGCCACCAUCCUGCCCCUGCCCUCACACAGCAGUGUCCCCAUGCAGGGCCUGGUGGCCCGCGCCUCCAAGUAUGACUUCUUCAUCCAGAAACUGAAGACAGGCGAGAACCUGCGGCCCCAGAACGGUAGCACCUACAAGAAGCCAUCCAAGUACGACCUGGAGAAUGUCAAAUACCUCCAUCUCUUCAAACCUGGGGAGGGCAGCCCCGACAUGGGCGGGGCCAUUGCCUUCAAGACGGGCAAGGUGGGGCGCCCCUCCAAGUACGACGUCCGGGCCAUCCAGAAGCCGGGCCCCCCCAAGGUUCCGCCCACCCCCAGCCUGGCUCCUGCGCCCCUCCCCAGCGUGCCCAGUGCUCCCAGUGCCCCUGGGCCAGGACCUGAGCCACCUGCCUCCCUGCCCUUCAACACUCCCGAGUACCUGAAGUCGACCUUCUCCAAAACAGACUCCAUCACCACGGGGACCGUCUCCACUGUCAAGAACGGAUUGCCCACAGAUAAACCAGCUGUCACCGAAGAUGUAAACAUUUACCAGAAAUAUAUUGCCAGGUUCUCGGGCAGUCAGCACUGUGGCCACAUCCACUGCGCCUACCAGUACCGCGAGCACUACCAUUGCCUGGACCCCGAGUGCAACUACCAGAGGUUCACGAGCAAGCAGGACGUGAUCCGCCACUACAACAUGCACAAGAAACGCGACAACUCCCUGCAACACGGCUUCAUGCGCUUCAGCCCCCUGGACGACUGCAGUGUGUACUACCACGGCUGCCACCUGAACGGGAAGAGCACGCACUACCACUGCAUGCAGGUGGGCUGCAACAAGGUGUACACCAGCACGUCAGACGUGAUGACCCAUGAGAACUUCCACAAGAAGAACACCCAGCUCAUCAACGACGGCUUCCAGCGCUUCCGAGCCACCGAGGACUGCGGCACGGCCGACUGCCAGUUCUACGGGCAGAAGACCACCCAUUUCCACUGCAGGCGCCCCGGCUGCACGUUCACCUUCAAGAACAAGUGUGACAUCGAGAAGCACAAGAGCUACCACAUCAAGGACGACGCGUACGCCAAGGACGGCUUCAAGAAGUUCUACAAGUACGAGGAGUGUCGGUACGAGGGCUGCGUGUACAGCAAGGCCACCAACCACUUCCACUGCAUCCGCGCGGGCUGUGGCUUCACCUUCACCUCCACCAGCCAGAUGACCUCCCACAAGCGCAAGCAUGAGCGCAGGCACGUCCGCUCCUCGGGCGCGCUGGGGCUGCCGUCCUCGCUGCUGGGCGCCAAGGACACGGAGCACGAGGAGUCGAGCAACGACGACCUGGUCGACUUCUCGGCCUUGAGCAGCAAGAACUCCAGCCUGAGCGCCUCCCCGACCAGCCAGCAGUCCUCCGCCUCCCUGGCCGCCACCACUGCCACCGCCGAGGCCAUGCCCUGCGCCUCCAAGCCUCCCAACAGCAAGAUCUCCGGGCUGCUGUCCCAGGGCCUGCCCGCUUCCAUCCCGCUGGCGCUGGCCCUCUCCAACUCGGGCCUGCCCACCGCCGCCCCCUACUUCCCCAUCCUGCCGGGUCGGAGCGGCGCCUCCCUGCCCGUGGGCACCCCCGGCCUCCUGGGUGCCAUGUCAUCUGGGGCAGCGGCCACAGCAGCCGCUGACACGCCUGCUCUGGCUGCCUCGGGAGCCGGUGACUCUGCCCCAGCGGCUGCCACCUCUGUCCCGGUGCCCCCUGCCUCCAUCAUGGAAAGGAUCUCAGCAAGCAAGGGUCUCAUCUCACCCAUGAUGGCCAGGCUGGCCGCCGCCGCCCUCAAGCCCUCUGCCACCUUUGACCCAGGAAACGGGCAGCAGGCCACCCCCACCAGGUUCCCCCCAGCCCCAGUGAAGCAGGAGCCCGGUGAGAACGCUGGCGCCCCGGUUCCCCACGAGGUCUCCCAGGACCGCAGUUUAGACCUGACUGUGAAGGAGCCCAGUAAUGAAUCAAAUGGCCACGCAGUCCCGGCAAAUUCAUCUCUUUUAUCCUCGCUUAUGAAUAAGAUGUCUCAGGGCAACCCGAACCUCGGCAGCCUGUUGAACAUCAAGACGGAAGCGGAGGGCAGCGCCGCCGUGGAGUCCUCGCCCUUCCUGGGCAAGGCUGUGAAGGCGCUGGUUCAGGAGAAGCUGUCUGAGCCCUGGAAGGUGUACCUUCGAAGGUUUGGCACCAAGGACUUCUGUGAUGCCCAGUGUGACUUCCUUCACAAGGCCCACUUCCACUGCGUGGUGGAGGAGUGCGGCGCGCUUUUCAGCACCCUGGACGGGGCCAUCAAGCACGCCAACUUCCACUUCCGGACGGAGGGAGGAGCAGUGAAGGGAAACGCAGAGGCCUCCUUCCCCGCCUCGGCUGCUGAGACCAAACCUGCCUUGGCCCCCUCGUCCCCUCCAGCGCCUCCUGUCACCACAGCCACGGUUUCCUCUCUGGAGGGUCCCACUCCCAGCCUGGCCGCCGUGCCCUCCACCCCCACGCUGCUCGCCUGGAAGCAGCUGGCUUCCACCAUACCCCAGCUGCCUCAGAUCCCAGCGUCGGUGCCUCACCUGCCCACCUCGCCCUUGGCAACGACUUCUCUAGAAAACGCCAAGCCCCAGGUCAAACCCGGAUUCCUCCAGUUCCAGGAGAAGUGAGUCCCUCGAUGAGCCGGGAGUCCCGUGUCCCCCGCGUGUCUCGGGAGUAGGUGCUAGCAAGGGCGGCGAGGGGGCCCUGCUCCUUACCCUGCAGUCAGCCCCGGCUGUCCCCAGCAUCUCUGGGACACCAACUUCGGGCGAUGUCCUUCUAGCCAAAGAGGCUGCUGCUCUGACCCCCUGCCUGUUCCCAGAGCGGCCAGCUGGGGUGGGGGGAGAUGGUGGUGGUCGUGGCCGCUGUUCCAGAGGGGCAGUGUUGACGCUGUGAGGACCAGCUUAGGUGGGCUGGGAGUGGUGGUCCUCGCCCGGCAAGGAGGGCUACGUCUCGCCCUGGGCCUCCUUGUUGAUCUCUGUGGCUCGCGCCCACGGCUGAGCCGCUGCAGAACAAGCGAAGUCAUGGGUGGGGGGCGAGGGGGCUAGCCCCCCCACCCAGGCCCUCACCCAUCUGCACGAUGGUCUGAGCUCUCAGGGGUGGAAGGGCCCUUCCUCACUGGAUGGUGGUGGCGCCUUGUGGCGAGAACGGUGACUCUGUAUCGUUACGUGUGCGGCUUCCUGUUCUCAAUAAAAGUAAUAAAUUGGACGUGAACACACACCACCUGAGUGGCAGCUGUCCUCCCUCUCUGAGCACCUGCGGCUGGGCUUUUGGCAUGGAAGGGCACCUGCGCUCCUCUCCGUCCCUUCCCCAGCUUCCCUCCCUCCGUUCCACCUCCCCUCAGCGGCAGCUCUCUUAGUUUCCCCA